UCAAACCCAAGUCUUCUUCUUCAUCGUAAGCAAAUUCUUCGCCAUGGGAGCAGCGACCAUUGUACAAGCAGGAUCCAUCUCCUCGUCCUCAGAUAUCUAUAAUAUGUUUCCGAGAUCACCUGCCGGCGGUAAUGAAACCAGGGUGUCAUUCCAUCGCCGCAAUCUGAGUACCAGGUUAUCUCUCGAUUUGAGGGAGAAAAGGGACUUGCCUUCGCCGACCGGAAAGAUGAAUCUACUUCGGCGAGUUAGAUCUGACACCGAUCUUAUCGGAACCACGCCGCUGAGCCUUAGGGGUGCCAGAUCGUCUACGCCAGCGACGCUGGCCGAGGUGGAGGAAGCCAAUCUGGUCACUGGUGGGUGGAAUCGAAUAGAGGUUGUAGAAGAGGAGUUUUUAGGAGGCGGGAAGGGGAACGGGAAGAAGAGUGCGGGAGGAAGCGGAAGCCGUGGAAGCGACAACGGCGACCAGGAUAUUGGAAGCUAUUACCAGGAGAGGCUGAGGGCGGAUCCCGGGAAUCCGCUCCUUUUGACGAAUUACGGCAGAUUUUUGCACGAGGUUGAAGAAAAUUUUAAGAAGGCAGAGGAAUACUAUAGCAGGGCGAUCCUGGUGAGCCCAGAUGACGGCGAGGUUUUAUCGCUGUACGGGCGAUUGCUUUGGGAGUCUCAAAGGGAUUGUAAACGUGCCGAGGCCUACUAUGAGCGCGCCGUUGCGGCCUCCCCCGCUGACUGCUAUGUGCUGGGUUCGUACGCGCAUUUCCUGUGGGACGCAGCGGACGAAGAAGAGGUGGGGAGGGCGGCUUUAACAGCGCCGUUGGUGGAGGCACUCUGAUGUGAAUGGACGGCUUUGAUUUUGUCUUCAAGCGUUUUAUAUAAAUAUAUAAGCGAAUAAGGAUAAUAAAUUAGGAUUUUAUAAUUAUAUGGCAUAUAUAUAUAAAAGCAGUUUUAGAACUGAGUUUGAUG